UCAGCAUCAUAUACUGGAAGUUCAUCAGAAGAAGAUGACAUCAACCCACGAGAAAAACAACAGAAAACACCAAAAGGUUUUACUGAUUUUUGUGUCAAGAAUAUCGAUCAUGCAGCUUUCGGCAGAAGAGAAAUUGAAAUUGCAGAACAAGAGAUGCCUGGUUUGAUGGCCUUACGAAGGAGAGCAGAAUCAGACAAACCUCUUUCUGGUGCCAAGAUAAUUGGAUGCACACAUAUCACUGCUCAGACAGCUGUUUUGAUAGAGACAUUGAUAUCUCUUGGUGCUUCUAUAAGAUGGGCUGCUUGUAAUAUAUAUUCCACACAGAAUGAAGUGGCUGCAGCCUUAGCAGAAAACAGUCAGCCAAUAUUUGCAUGGAAAGGUGAAAAUGAAGAAGAUUUCUGGUGGUGUAUUGAUAAAUGUGUCAAUGCUGAAGGCUGGCAACCAAAUAUGAUUUUAGAUGAUGGCGGUGAUGCUACCCAUCUAAUGUUAAAGAAAUACCCAGCAAUGUUUAAUAUGAUUAAAGGUAUAGUGGAAGAAAGUGUGACCGGAGUACAUCGUUUAUAUCAACUAUCAAAAUCAGGAAAACUUUCUGUUCCAGCCAUGAAUGUCAACGAUUCUGUCACCAAGACAAAGUUUGAUAAUUUAUAUAGCUGUAGAGAGAGUAUAUUGGAUGCAUUAAAACGUACUACAGAUGUUAUGUUUGGUGGCAAACAAGUUUUAAUCUGUGGGUACGGUGAGGUUGGUAAAGGUUGUGGGGCAGCAUUAAAAGGUUUAGGUGCUAUUGUUAUGGUUACAGAAAUUGACCCAAUUUGUGCUUUACAAGCUUGUAUGGAUGGUUUCCGUGUUGUUAAGUUAGAUGAAGUGAUAAGACAGAUAGAUAUUCUUAUAACAUGUACAGGAAAUAAGAAUGUUGUGAACAGACAACAUCUAGAUAGAUUAAAGAAUGGUUGUAUUGUAUGUAAUAUGGGACAUUCUAAUACAGAAAUAGAUGUGACAAGUUUACGAACACCAGAAUUAACAUGGGAGAAAGUUCGAUCCCAAGUGGACCAUAUUAUCUGGCCUGAUGGUAAACGUAUAAUCAUGCUCGCUGAGGGUCGAUUGGUGAAUUUAAGUUGUUCCUCGGUACCAUCAUUUGUAGUAUCAAUAACAGCUACAACACAGGCCCUAGCCUUGAUAGAAUUAUUUAAUGCACCACAGGGUCGUUACAAACAAGAUGUAUAUCUCCUUCCAAAAAAGAUGGAUGAAUAUGUUGCUAGCUUACAUUUACCAACAUUUGAUGCUCAUUUAACAGAAUUAUCUGAUGAUCAGGCCAAAUAUUUAGGUUUAAAUAAGGCUGGUCCAUUUAAACCAAAUUAUUACAGGUACGUUUCUUAA